UUUAACCACCAAGGUUCCCGUUUCCAGCUCAGGGCAGUUUAUAUACUAUAGCAACUUUGCUCGAAUUUUCAAACUGCGACUUUGCAAAAAUCCACCUCUUCGUUUUAAUUAAGUGUAAUGGAGGGAUGGGAGAGGCUGAUCCACCUCUUCGUGACGGUGUUUAUGGCGUUUUUGCCUUUUUAUUUGGUGAAUCCGGCGCUCACCGACGUCACCGUGGCGGCUGUCUGCGGCGGCAAAGACGAGUGCUCUCUCUCCAUCUAUCUCACCGGCUUCCAGCUCGCCAUAACAGGGGUGGGAUCGGCGCUGAUGAUGCCGAUGAUUGGUAAUUUAUCCGACGCUUAUGGCAGGAAGAAUUUAUUGACAAUUCCUCUCAUUCUUCAGAUUAUACCAAUCGUGAUAUUGGCUUGGAGUCGGACAACAAACUUCUUUUAUGCUUACUACGCAAUGAAGAUAUUGACGGACAUGAUUGUGGAUGGGGGCGUUCUUUGCAUCUCUUUUAGCUAUUUGGCAGAUAAUGUUGGAGAAGGGAAGCGUGUAGGAGCAUUUGCAGCACUAAGUGGUGUGAUGAGCAUGGCAAAUGUUUGUGGCACAUUAGCUGCUGGUUUACUCUCACUUUCUCUCAUAUUUAAGGUUGCAUCAGUUCUAGCUAUUCUUGCAGCAAUUUACAUGCGACUGUUUCUCAAGGAUUCCGACCGCGAAAAGGAUGAUUUGCAGCCGUUGAUCUUGAGCUCGGAGGCAGAUCACUCUUCCAAGAAAACCGACUUCAUUCAUCAAAUCCCUUCUCCUAAAGAUGUGUUUCACCUACUCAAGAGCAGCAAAAUAAUUGCACUUGCAGCAUCUGUAUGUUUCUUCAAUAGUGUUGGUGAGGCUGGGGCUGGUUCUUUCUUAUUGUAUUACUUAAAGGCUCGGUUCCAGUUCAACAAAGAUCAAUUCUCUUUGAUAUUUCUCAUUAUAAACGUUGGAGCAACUAUUACUAAUGUUAUUCUGAUGCCUAUAUUAGGACCUGUUAUUGGGGAACAAACAAUACUUUGUGUUGGAAUCUUCGCUGGUUUUCUAAGUAUGCUGCUUGAAAGCAUAGCAUGGGCACCUUGGGUACCGUAUCUUGGUUCGUCAUUGGGCAUGUUCUUUACUAUAUCGAGUUCUUGCAUAAGAAGCAUCGUUUCAAAACAAGUUAGCUCUAAUGAACAAGGAAUUGCACAAGGAUCUCUAUUAGCUAUGACUUCAAUAUCCAGUAUCGUAUCUCCAUUAAUUUACAGCCCUAUAUCAGCUUGGUUUCUGUCAGAUAAUCCACCAUUUGAUUUCCCUGGUUUCUGCAUGCUUUGUGUCGGAUUUUCUUAUGUGAUAGCUCUGAUUUUGAGUCUAGUGAUAAAGUUUAAACCCUUCAUCUCAAAAGACACUAGACAUCCAGCAUUAUGUUGAAGCAAGCCAUGAUUAGAUGAGGUGUGAUUUCUGCAACAUUUUCCACCCAAAGAGUGGAAAUUGACGAAAUAACACAACCUUUAUUUCGAAUUUGUAGUUAUUACACGAUUUUUACAAAUAUUGCAACUAUAGCAUUUUUUUAGUUUGUAUACAAAUUACGCCUCAAUGUUUCACUAUACUCAAUACGAUACAUUCAAUUUCAGUCAGUAUACACUAUUGUAGUAAUUAUUAAUCGACGAAUCAUUGAAUUGUA